CAACCAAUAAAACCACACAUCCUCUCUCCAAAUAGUGCCUCUCUCUCUCUCUCUCCAAACAAACACAAAAGAGAAGCAAGAUGAUAGCAGAGAAGGGGCUAUCAAGUGCUCUAAAUGCAAGAAUAAUAGGAUCAGGAAGAGAGACCAUAGUUCUUGCACAUGGUUAUGGGACAGAGCAGUCAAUAUGGGACAAGAUCAUAGCACCCAUGUUUGAUGAUGACAACAACAAUUACAAGGUUGUUCUGUUUGAUUGGCCUUUCUCUGCUGCUGUGGAGGAUCAAAGCCUCUAUGACCCAAAUAAGUAUUCUUCACUGGAACCCUUUGCUGAUGACUUGAUCACUUUGAUGACUGAGAUGAACCUUCAAGAUGCAAACUUUGUUGGCCAUUCCAUGUCUGGCAUGAUUGGUUGCUUGGCCUCCAUUAAAAGACCUGAUCUCUUCAAAAGGCUUCUUCUCAUUGCUGCUUCCCCAAGGUAUACAAACAUAGAUGACUAUGAAGGUGGCUUCACAAGCUCAGACAUUGAAGAUUUAUUGAAGAACAUAGAAUCCAACUAUGAAAAUUGGGUUUCAGCAUUCUCCUUAGGAGUAGUGGAUCCAAAUGAUAUGGGCUCAGUGAACAAAUUCAGAGAGUGCUUGCAAAGAAUGAGAGGUGAAGUUGCACUCUCACUUGCUAAAACAGUGUUUUGCAGUGACUAUAGAGAUAUUCUUGAGAAAGUUGAGACACCAUGUACCAUAAUUCAAACCUCUAGUGACAUGGUUGUUCCACGUAGUGUAGCUCAAUACAUGGAGAAAAAGAUUAAAGGGAAAGUUACAUUGGAGAUCAUAGAUACUAUUGGACACUUUCCUCAGUUAACUGCACACCUUGACCUAGUUAAGGUGCUUAAUGGGGUUCUAGGCUUUGGCUUCAAUCAAAUUUAGGUGUCUUAAGUUUGUUCGUGUUUUCUCUAAAUAGGUUUGUAUCACUCGAUUUAUCUUUAUAUAUAUCUAUGUUCAUAUGUAAUUGUAGAAGCAAUCAAGUUGGGUUGUUCUAGUGGUUAGCUCACUAGUCUACUUAAACAAGUGUCAGUUAUUCGAAUUCCGCCUUGUGAAUGUAGCAACCCAUUGGCCAGCAAUAAACCCUAAAAUGAAACUCAAAUCUGCGACAAAUUAGUUCUUAAUCUGUCAGGUUGAAAAAUGCCAUGGAAAACAAAAAAAAUUAUGUAAUUGUAGAAGCAUAUAAGGGUUUCUUGGUCGAUUGUUGUGGAAAUAGCGUGGUUUUUGCCAAUUAGUUAUUGAUUUGUUUGUAGUUUGAAACCCUCUUUUUUUUUCCUUUCUUUGUUCAAUGUAGUUUGUACUUUUAGAAUUAGUGGUGUCAAAU